GCAUACAGUGCGCGGGCAUGUCAUCUUCACGUAACUUGCCCUAACCUUUCCCCUCCACCGCGUCCUCCCUUCCCCCUCCAUCCCCCUUCCCCCUUCCCCUUUCCCCCUUCCCCCUUCCCCACUCUUCUCUGCUCUUCAUGAUUACCUCGGCCGUCGAAACAACAGGGGUCAUCAGAAGUUGGCCUCGACCACAUCCUUGAGAGGGGUGAAGGGUGAAAGCAACGCCUUGUCAGAUCUUCAUCUCCCUGUCGAGCAGGUCAAUCUGCUGUUGAUUGAAGUAAUCAAUCGAACGGCUUUUGAAGUUUUGAAAGGACCAACUGCUGCGGACAUGAAUCUUCUUGGAACUGCCAUCGCCAGGGCAUCGAGGAUAACGCCGCAAGUGAAAGGAUACCGACUGUUUAACGUGUUGACGUGUAGAAGAACUCCAUCGCCAUCGCUAUGGCUUCCGAGAGUCCCGGAUCCGUCGCUAUCUUCUUCUUCUUCUUCUUCCUCUUCUUCUUCCUCCUCCCUUCGGUCCUUAAUGGGAGAGUACGCUCCUCCUUCUCGUCCUCCUUCGCCGAUGAUGACAACGAUUAAGCGCCCUUCUUAUUCUUCUUCUUCUUCUUCUUCUCCGUCUUCUCCUUCUUCUUCUUCUUCCACUUCAUCUUCUUGCUCUACGGCCAUGGCGUUCUCUUCUUGUUCUUCGUCGCCAUCGCGGUUCUUUUGUUUGAGGUCAUCAUCGUUACACGUGGCGCGCAUACAUUCCUCGUCGGCGAAGCGCGAUUCGACGGCGGCGGCGGCGUCGGCGGCCAGCGUCUCGCCGUUGCAUGACGAUCCAACGGAGCGGCCAUCGCCGCCAUCUGCCAAGAUAGUGAAGCUGGUUGAUGAGAUCUCGAAGCUGACCUUGUUGGAGGUAUCGCAGCUGACAGAUCUCCUCAGAGAGAAGCUCAAUAUUCCCGCCAUGCCGCCGAUGGGCAUGAUGAUGCCGAUGGGCGGGGGGAUGAUGCCGGGGGGGGCGGCGGGCGGGGCGGCGGCGGCGGCGGAAGAAAAACCGGUCGAGAAGACCGAAUUCGAUGUGAAAUUGGAGAAGUUCGCUGCAGAAUCCAAGAUCAAGAUCAUUAAGGAAGUGCGGUCAUUCACUUCCCUGGGCCUCAAGGAAGCCAAAGAGCUUGUAGAAAAGGCGCCUAUAGUAAUCAAGAAGGGAGUCAACAAGGACGAAGCGAACGAGAUUGUCGAGAAGUUGAAGGCAUUGGGAGGGACUUGCGCUCUCGAAUAAGUAGUAGAACAUGGACCUUUCACUCCCCGCACACUCUGUCACACACUCUCCCCUCUGUCACACACUCUCCCUCUUCUCCUUCUUCUUCUUCUUCUUGUUCUUCCUCUUCUCUUCUCCCUCUCUUCCUCUUCCUUACUUCACCCCCCCCGUCCCCCUCCCCCCCUUCCCACCACCUCCCUCCCUUCCUAUCCUUACACUAAAAUCCACGUUAAACCCCUCCGCCAAUCAUAACCCCUUUCUCACCCAUGUUUUCUCUUCCUCCUCCCUCUCCCCUGACCCACCUUUCUCUCCCAUCUCCCUUCCUCUCUUCUUCCCUCCCUCCCCCCCCCCCCCCCCCCCCCCCCCCCCCCCCCCCCCCCCCUCCCCCCCCCCCCCCCCCCCCCCGCCCCCCUCCCCGUGGGGGCCUUUCUACCCCCUCCACCCCAGCUCUUUCUUCCUUCUUCUCUGUUCGGCCGACCUCGGUUCUGGAGGGUCUCUGCAAGGUCUCCCCCUUAUCGUUAUGGCUGGAAAAGGGAGAGGAGGAAGGAGGUGAGUUGGCUAUGCUUUCGCGUGAGCUGGUUAUGGUUUCGCUGGGUAAGUGAUAGGGGAGAGAGGGAAGGAAGGAGAUGAUGAUGGCAACAGGGGAUGUCGGGUCGGUAGGAAGAGGUCCCAAAAAAAUAUGCACGUUCGUUCAUGGAAGUCUCCUCCCUGAUCGCCACGUGUCGGCGCGAGGGCGUUCGUGGGAGAAUGUCGGCGAUCAUGUAUGUGUCUGUGAAUCUAUUCCAUGACAUUCCUUUUUAGGGAAAUGUAAGGAGGUGAGUCUAAGGUGGAUCGUUGUCCACGUGUCUCGUCCUCAUUGCUCUGCUUUGAUGUGGUGGAAAGAAAGAUGUCAGGCUUAAGUAGUAAUGCUCCUUUGCAUGUUUACUGAUUGAUUGAUUGAUUGGUUGAUUGAUUGGGUGAUGGAUCGAUGAAUGAUUAACGAGUUAUCUUAGAGGAGUGCAUGGAGUGACGAUUUGCAGGCUUUAGUAGCAAUGCUGCUCCUGUGCAUGUUUCUUGAUUGAUUGAUUGGUUGAUUGACUGACUGAUUGAUUGGUUGAUUGAUUGAUUGAUUGAUUGAUUGAUUGGUUGAUUGAUUAAUUGAUUGAUUGAUUGAUGAGUUAUAUCUUGAAGGAGUGUAUGGCGUGGCGAUUUUGCAGAUACAAGUGCGGACAUUGACUUGGGGGGAGUGGGGAUAUGAUCGUGUAGGGGAUGAUGGAUUAACAUGGACGAUUUCAGGAGAGAAAAGCAUGGCGCGGUGGUGAUGAUGGAAAAACGCAGAGGAAGGAAAUAUCGUAGAAGAAUCCGUGGAGAAGAGGAGGACGAUCAUUAUGAUCAAGAUGAGUCGGAAGAUGAUGAGAUGGCGAUGAAUCAGUUCCUCUUAGGGUUGUGAUAAAUGAUACCCUCUCUUGCAGGCUGAUUGAUUUCAUUGAUUGGUUGCGUGACUGAUUGGAUCGUAGAUCGAUUGGAUUGGCGAUUGAUUGGAUUUCAUCAAUUGAUUGUGUGAUCGAUUGAUUGGAUUUCAUCAAUUAAUUGAUUGUGUGAUCGAUUGAUUGAAUUUAUCAAUUGAUUGGCUGAUCCAUUGAUUGGAUUUAUCAGUUGAUCGGGUGAUCCAUUGAUUGGAUUUAUCGAUUGAUUGAUUGGAUGAUCCAUUAAUUGGAUUUAGCGAUUGAUUGAUUGGGUUAUCAAUUAAAUGAACUGAUUUGGAAGAU